AUGGAAGAAUCGGAUCAGCAGUCUCGUCAGGCUCGUUUAUGCGAAGAGUACUGCGCACGGUACAACAUCACGGAUCUGAUUAAAGACGCGAUCGUUCAGCUUUGUAUUAACCAGCCGGAAAAUCCCGUCUCUUAUCUGAAGGACUACUUCGAAGCUUUGUCGAUUCAGCAGAUCGUUGAUUUUGCGGCGUGGCUGGUUCGCGUUCGGGGCUUGUACGCAAGUCAGUUCAUCAUUAUCACGGUGGAGUGGCUUUGGCUGUUUUUUAGUACUUGCUUGAAACAGCCUGCUAUCGAAAGGCGCACAGAAAUUGCGGUAGGCAAAUAAUU